UUACCUCAUUACAACUUCUUUACGACACGCUGGCACCCCAAUCGAUAUGGCGCCUCGCAAACCUACCACAAUUGCAGAGCCAGCGAAGAGUAGCAUUACAAAAGAUAGCAACAAAGUUGUCAAGAGACCCGCUCGUUGCUAUCACAAGUACAAGAACAGGUUACUGAACGCCACCCCCAAAAGGAAAGAGAUAGAUCUAAUAAAGAGCAACCAGACCUUACCGCUGUUACGCCUGCCCUUAGAGAUUUGCAAUCGCAUCUGGCAGUACACUCUUGGGCAGCAGAUUCCAUGGCUCCAAGGUCACGUCCACGUCGAACGAGCCGGACAUCAACAUUACAUUGCUUCAGAGCUGUCGUCAAAUCUACUCAGAGACCGCAUUACUACCGCUGCAGCUGAAUGCUUUGGCGUUCGAUCAGCUGCCCGCAUAAAGCCUGCUAUCAAGCAACUGAAGCCGCACCAGCGCGAGGACACGAAGGCUAUGCGGCUUGAACUGAUCUCUCCAAGCGAUAAGGGCUACCUCCUAGCUCGUUUCAAGGGUCUCGCAGUGCUUACUCAAGAUCUUCCAAAUCUGAAAAUCUUGAGAUUGUAGUGCUCAAUCCUUCCAUCGAAGGACAUUCGUCCAAGUCCACCUUCGACAAAGUCCAGGAGUACAUCCGUGGGACGCUUAAGUCCGACCUGAAUGAUACUGCGAUCAGCUUGACAGUAGAAGGCUCGGGCGAACAUAUGGGCCACUACGCAUAUUGUCUUUCCUAAUGAUUCAUUGGUAUGGAUCCGCUCCAGGCGUACCC